CGGGCGGUACACUCUUGCCCGGCGUUGGGCUGGGCGGGGCCGGCAGCCGGCCGAGGCCCGGCCAGCAGAGCGCAGCAGGGAGGCCCCAGCCGGCCCGUUAGCCGGGGCACCCGGCCCGACCGCCGGUCGGACGCCGGUCACCAGGCGGCCUCUAGAGCAUCGGCCCGAGGAAAGUGUGCAGGAUUGCCUGAAGAGUACAGAAUCGGUGCACUCGCCUCGGCUCUUCCAACUGCCGCCUCCAGGACCCGGGGCCAGGAGCCGCCGCGGAGCCACCUGACACCUUUAAAUAGCACCGGGGCUGGCGAAACUGGAGCCCCGCGCGGCGCGCCCCGGCUCGGGCCCCGGAUUGCUGGAAGCCCCGGCGGCGGCGGCGCCCGCGCCAGCACCCUCCUCCCGGGGCCCCGGGCGGCUCGGCUCGCCUCUGCCACUGCGUUAAUCGGCCCCGCGCCUGGCCAGCGCUUGGCCCGCGCCCUGCCCGGCGCGGCCUCCUGCCCACCCGCCGCUGCCGCUUUCCCGCGCCGCCCGGCGCCCGAGCUGCCCGCGGGCUGGGUCCCCGCAGCCCGAGCCGCCCGGGCCGGGCCCCCAAACGAGGCCGAGAUGACUUCCAAGGAGGAAGGCAAGGCGGCGCCGGGGGAGGAGCGGCGGCGCAGCCCGCUGGACCACCUGCCGCCACCCGCCAACUCCAACAAGCCGCUGACGCCGUUCAGCAUCGAGGACAUCCUCAACAAGCCGUCUGUGCGGAGAAGUUACUCGCUGUGCGGGGCGGCGCACCUGCUGGCGGCGGCGGACAAGCACUCGCCGGGCGGCUUGCCCCUGGCGGGCCGCGCGCUGCUCUCGCAGACCUCGCCUCUGUGCGCCCUGGAGGAGCUCGCCAGCAAGACCUUUAAGGGGCUGGAGGUCAGCGUCCUGCAGGCAGCCGAAGGCCGAGACGGAAUGACCAUCUUUGGGCAACGGCAGACCCCCAAGAAGCGGCGAAAGUCGCGCACGGCCUUCACCAACCACCAGAUCUACGAGCUGGAGAAGCGCUUCCUCUACCAGAAGUACCUGUCCCCCGCCGACCGCGACCAAAUCGCGCAGCAGCUGGGCCUCACCAACGCUCAGGUCAUCACCUGGUUUCAGAAUCGGCGCGCCAAGCUCAAGCGGGACCUGGAGGAGAUGAAGGCCGACGUGGAGUCCGCCAAGAAACUGGGCCCCAGCGGGCAGAUGGACAUCGUGGCGCUGGCCGAACUGGAGCAGAACUCGGAGGCUGCGGGCGGCGGCGGCGGCGGCUGUGGCAGGGCCAAGUCGAGGCCUGGCUCUCCCGCACUCCCUCCAGGCGUUCCGCAGGCCCCAGGCGCGGGGCCCCUGCAACUCUCGCCCGCUUCCCCGCUCACGGACCAGCCUGCCAGCAGCCAGGACUGCUCGGAGGACGAGGAAGAUGAAGAGAUCGACGUGGACGAUUGAGCAGAGCCCAGGAUCCUCUGCCGCCCAGGGCCCCGGAAGCCCGUAGGCCUGCAGCCUCCCGGACGGACGGGACCGCGGAGGGGAGCUGGGACCUCCUCUGCAACUCCCGCCUUCUCCCCCGUCCCUGGCCCGGACUCGGCUCCCAGCAGCUGCCUCUUCCCUCUCGAAGCAAUAAACCCGGCUGGCCGGCGGGCCGGCCGCAGCGCAGGGCCUCCGCCGCCCGGGGAGCCCUCGCCGUGCAAUUCCGUAUGGCUUCUGUAUAAAUAUUUAAACCUAUAUAGCGGGUUCUCCCACCGCAGCCUGAUUUUUUUUUUUUAAAUCUCGGAGAUAUUCAUGUUUUCAAAGCUCCCAGGCUGCCGGGUUUGCUGAGAGCGAGGCGGAACGAGGGUGACGGACACCGAACCUAGCGGUCUGGAGGAGAGGGCCACCGGGACAGUUUCGAUUUUCUCUGCAUGUGGCGAAUGCACCGGCCCUCUUCCUCCUCGCCUCCCCAGGCCUCUUGCAGUUGACUUCUUUUAUUUCCUUCUGCAUUUUCCCCGCGUGGGAAGGGGCUGAGGUGGGCAGCCGGGUCGUGACUUGCAAGUUUCAAAUUGAUCUUUUCUCCCCACCUCGAGAGAAGUCUGUUUUCUAUGCCAUUUCUGCCUCCCGAUGCCCACUAACGCUAUUUUUAAGAUUCUUCCCCACCCUCUCUCGGUUUCCUCGGACUGACGGCUGGGGUCCGGGUCUUGGGACAAAAUGGGAAAUCCAACCAACCAAGCAACCAACGAAAAAAAUAACCCAAAGCCCUAGAAUUAUUUUUUACUCUUUUUAGAAUUUUUUUGCAUGUGACAGAGACUGAGAGGAGGCCAACCUAUGCCCUCACCCCACCUCCUCCACAGCUCUGGGUCUGUCUUGCAGCCUCCAGCGCCCUGCUCCCAGCUUGACUUGGCCAGACAAGGGUGACCAGAUGAGGGUGGGUCCCACGUGCCCUUCCCUGCUCCUGCCCUGCCUUUUCGUCCCGGACUGUACCCAAGGCCUCUUUCUCCGAUAAAUAAAGUCUUUGCCAUUUUACUAGAAGCGGUGGUGACCGUGUCUAAAUGAGUGGGCCCUGUUCAGGGAAGCCGUGGCAGGCUCGGUGUGUUGUUCACUGUCGGCUGCACGGGCCUUGGAGACAUAGAGGAGUUUCCGGCCAGCCCAGCCGGCAU